AUGAGCAAGGUCGCAAUCAUAGGAGCUGGCCUGUCUGGCCUGACCCUUGCGCUAGCCCUACAUCAGCAAUUGAUUCCAAGCACCAUUUACGAAUCCCGCCCCGAUGCACCCCUGAACAUCGGAGGCGCUGUCAUGCUUUCACCAAAUGCUUUGCGUGUUCUUGACCGCCUUGGCGUGUAUGAGCGGAUCCGCACUCGGGGUUAUACAUUCACCAAAGUAGACUAUCGCAAUGCCGUUACCGACACUGUGACCGAGAUGCAGGAGUUUGGAGGAAAGGACAAGUACGGCUAUGAUGCGCUACGCAUAUACCGCUCUGAGCUCAUCGAUGUUCUGCUGGAGAUGCUGGAAGCCGCUGGCGUCUCGAUCAAGUACGGACGCAAAUUCGCCAAGGUGCUCGAGGAGACCGAGCGACAGGUGACCUGGGAAUUCACCGAUGGGAGUCGGGAGACCGCACAGCUACUCGUCGGUGCUGAUGGCAUCCACUCGACCGUGAGGAAGUAUCUCUACCCAGAUUUAGUUCCCAAGUUCACAGGUUUGGCUGGCAUUACGGCGGCCGUCCCAACUGCACAGCUUCAAGCAUCAGUGGAUCUUCACCUUCCGCUCACGUAUGUACUCCCUGGGAAAGGAGGAUUCGUCAUUGCACCACAGCAGGUUGACGGAUCGGAGCAGUUAAUUGGGAAGCAACGGCGGGUAGAAAAGGACUUGACGCGAGAGGAGUGGGCUGCUUUUAUGGCGGACAAGGAAAGCCAAGUCAAAUUCUUGCAAGACAUUGACCCAGCCUUCCCAGAAGUUGUACAUAGGGCUGUUUCCAAUAUUCCCCACGACAAGAUUAACGUCUGGCCCUUCUACGUGGUGCCAAGGUUGAAUGCCUGGUCGAGCGAAGAUCAGCACAGGCGUGUUGUGAUUCUGGGCGACGCUGCACACGCCAUUCCCCCAUCAGCAGGGCAAGGCAUAAACCAGGCGUUCGAGGACGUAUACAUGCUGAGCUUGUUACUCAGUGAUACCGCUAAAGAGAACAACAAGGACUAUUUAGCAGCGUCAUUGAAGUGGUGGCAAGAGUCAAGGCAAGCGCGUGUGGACCAAGUUCUGGAGCUUAACAAACAGAUUGAUCUCAGAAGGUUGCCCCAGUCUCAGGAUUCGGAUGGACUCGAGAAACUGAACUUCGAAGUGGGAUGGCUGUACGACAUUGACUUGGAUCAGGUUGUCGGAAAUUGGCUUAAGGAGUUUCAAUAA